UUGGAGCUCAGUUGUUGCCUCUGAGCGAGUCAGCGGCAGAAAGAUGGCGUCCCAACUGAUCAGCUUCAGGUCACUGUGUCUGGCCGCGGUGCUGGCGCUGCUGAUGUUCCAAGCAGGUGCUUCGGGUCACAGCCGGCUGCUGCGAGCUCUGAAGAAGUCAGAUGUUCCAGGAGCCGAGUCCUCCAAGUCCUCCAUUGCCGUCCCUCCUGCGAAGGCUCAAGAGUUCCUGGGCAGGUUGAGCAGAACCAAGAGGAACAUCUGGGACCGCACCCGCCCCGACGUGCAGCAGUGGAUCAUGCAGUUCAGGAUGAUGGGCUACGACGAGCAGCGGCUGGAGGCGGACCUCUCUUACUGGAUGGACCAGGCCCGCUCCACCGACCAAGGCCGUCAGCACCACUACGACGAGAACGCCCCCAUCGGCCCGCGUGACCCUGGCUCCUACAGACACGGCGCCAACGUCAACUACGAUUACUACUAG